UUCAGAUAAAAUUCAAAACUCACUUUCUCUUUCUUUGUCUCUCUCUCUUCGUUCUCUGCGACUUCUCCCCCAUUAAAUAAACUCCUUCCGCUUCCAGUGGCGAUCGAGGCCUAGAGAGAGGAAGCGAGAGAGAGAGAGAGAGAGAGAGAGUCAGAGAGAGCUCAAUGGCCAAGGGCAGCAUUGGAAUUUCCGUAACCCUCUCGCUGCUGCUGCUGCCGCUUCUUGUUCUCGAAACCGCGGCGGUUGAGAAGAAUUACGAGCUGAAGAAGGAGCAGCGCUACCGGAAUGCUUACGCGACGAUGAUGUACAUGGGGACGCCGAGGGACUACGAGUUCUACGUGGCGAUACGUGUCAUGCUCAGAUCGCUCUCCAAGCUCCACGUGGAGGCCGAUCUGGUCGUCAUUGCUUCGCCGGACGUGCCUCUCCGCUGGGUCCAAACUCUAGAACAAGAAGAUGGGGCCAAAGUGGUGAGAGUGGAAAAUGUGAACAAUCCAUACAGAAAUCAGGCCAAUUUUGACAAAAGAUUCAAGUUAACACUCAACAAACUGUAUGCAUGGAGCUUAGUGGACUAUGACAGAGUGGUCAUGCUUGAUGCUGACAACCUCUUUCUCCAAAAAACCGAUGAGCUUUUCCAGUGUGGACAAUUCUGUGCAGCUUUCAUUAACCCUUGCAUCUUCCAUACAGGCCUCUUUGUGUUGCAGCCAUCAAUGAAAGUAUUCAAGGACCUGCUUCAUGAGGUUGAAAUUGGAAGAGACAAUCCAGACGGUGCUGACCAGGGUUUUAUAGGUGGUUACUUUUCCGACUUACUUGAUCAGCCCUUGUUCCAUCCACCUUCUAACGGCUCCAAGCUUAACGGACACUACAGACUGCCUUUGGGCUACCAAAUGGAUGCUUCUUAUUAUUAUCUUAAAUUGCAUUGGAGCGUACCCUGCGGCCCCAACAGCGUGAUUACCUUCCCCGGUGCUGCAUGGUUGAAGCCAUGGUAUUGGUGGUCAUGGCCUGUUCUCCCGUUGGGCAUUUCAUGGCAUGCACGACGUCAUCAAACUCUCGGGUACGGUGCUGAGAUGCCAGUGAUCCUAAUCCAGGCGCUAAUUUACAUCGGAAUAAUAGCAAUGACGCGCCUAACACGACCAAAUAUAUCGAAGCUGUGCUAUAGGCGCUCGGACAAGAGCAUUAACUUGAUACACACCAUCCUCAAAAUGAUAGCUGCGUGGUCGAUUGUAGCUGCAUACGUGGUACCAUUCGUACUCAUUCCUCACACAGUCCACCCGAUAUUAGGCUGGAGUUUGUAUUUGCUUGGCUCUUUUGCACUUUGCUUCGUAGCAAUCACCGCUCUGUUCCUGCCAAUGGUACCUGUUCUAGCUCCGUGGCUUGGGUUUUUCGGUGUCCUCUUUGUCAUGGCAUUUCCUUGGUACCCAGAUGGUGUUGUACGAGCUCUCUCUGUAUUUGCGUACGCAUUUUGUGCGGCGCCAUUCGCAUGGGUUUCGCUGGUUAAGGUCAUGGCAUCCAUUCAAGCCGCAGUUGAAAGGGAAGCUUAUUUUCCGAAAAUUGGGUGAGUCGCCCUCCACCGUCGAGCCCUGAACUUUGAAAAGACGCAGAAGCUCCCCCGGAUGAAAAUGACGGCACAGAGAGGCGAUGUACUUGGACAAAAUUGCAGCAGAGAAGAAGCUAUUCUUUUUCCUUUUUAUUUUGGGGAAAAAUGGGAAAAGGGCCGGAUGGAAGCUCUGAUUUACACGAGCUUCCAUUGAUUUUGUACUAUAAACCUUGCUUUAUAGUAGCUUGAAUUAAACUCGAGGCCAGUUCACAUGGAAAAAUCUCUGUAAUCAUAUAUGAUCGCUUGAUUAAAUUUUGAA